AUGUCUGUCCUAUGCUUUCCUGGGUAUUAUGUACAGUCCUUUGGCAAGUUCCAGAGUACCGUUCAGACUACAAACCGCACUCCAGUGCCUAGAUGCGCCUUGCUUGGACCGUCUAUCAUGACUUUUCUUUACCUGUCAAGUGCUUGCAAUCAUUUGUUCUGUGUUGCACAAUUAUGUACCUUUUACAUGGUUAGACGGCAACGGCAAUCAUCUUGAACAUAUUUUUUUUUUACCACGGUCAUUGGACCUAUCCUAGAACAUUGAAAUAGCAACAUGUAGGAUACCGAGACAUAGAAAAGUAUGGCCGUUUCAAUUCAUUGAAUUCCUUGGCCGAGGUCUAAUUCAACGAAAGUGUUAUGAUAUUGAAGAGAAAGCAACCACAAUAUCAUUUCAGCGAGACCAGAGGGUUAGCUACCAAAGUGCCAUCGUCUUCGAGGAAUUGGCGAAAAGCGGAGCAGGCUCAGGCAUGCCUAAAGGUCGUGUGUCACUACAACUGUAUUUCUUAACAAGCUCUUGCUAUAUUCAAAAGCUAGUAUGCUCAUAGGCAUGUGACAAAGAAUCCAGUCACAAUCACCGGAUUGACAAAAGAAUCCGCUUUGGAUCGCGAUGAAAUCAGGAACUCCGGCCUGCAAGCUCAAAACACCGUAGUAACAGACUUAAGAUUGCUAGUAUCUUGUGCUCUUCUGCACGAGUCAAGACACGCAUACACAUACAAUACUAGCAUGGAAUUUGAAUAA